AUGCGGGUCAAAUUCACGUGCUCGAACGAGACCCGACGUUAUCGACUCCGAUGGAGUUCUCGAUUGGUAGAGGACCCGUGCAUCCUUGCAUUGAAUCGGAAAGGAAGCCUCGCACAGGCUUUUGUUGGUAUCGGUGAUACUUUGAAGCAACCUGUGCGUUAUCCGGGAACAAAUACAGGGGAAAAGUUGGCGCGGCAUGGCAAGCACCGAAGCUACGGCGGAUGGGUACUCCCCUCUUUGAUCGAAGCCUCGAAGCCUCAUAGCGACAUGAAAUCUGGUCGGAGGAAAUUAAGGAAAUUAAUGAGAGUCGUAAGAAAUGGAGUCACAAGAAUCAAGUUUCGUGGAAACAAAAGUCAAGGCAAACAGUUCAACACGAUCAUAGAAACAUUAAAUUAUUUUUGCACAAAUACGACUAUUCAUGGUCUUCGUCACAUCGUUAAUCCUGAAUUACAUAUAAUUGAACGAUUCCUGUGGCUUGUCGUGUUUAUAAUAUCUUCCACAAUCGCUAGCAACGUGAUUUACUCACUUGCUCUUAGAUUCCAGGAUGCGCCGACGGUGAUUGACAUUGAAUCGAUGCAUUAUGGAACUUCGUAUCUACCCUUUCCGAGCGUGACCCUUUGUCCGUAUGACCGCGUCGACUGGAAUCGAGCCCUCGAACUCGAACCAAAAAUUUUUCCUAAUGGUACAGAUAAAGCAAGUCUCGAAACUUUUCGGAAAAUAUUGGGCAAGCUUUCCAUGAUGAGCUUCGGAGAUUUUGAUGAACUGGAUUUUCUGAAGAAUCAAAAUGUCCAUAGUCUCGCGGGUAUCAACAUAACUCAAGUGCUAUAUGAGGCGAUGCCACGCUGCGAUCAAUUACUGUCCUCUUGCUGGUGGCGUAACGCCGAUCGCAAUUGCUGCGAUAUCUUCCAGGUGCAGAAGACCGAGUAUGGUUUCUGUUAUUCGUUCAAUUCUGAAGUAGCACAAACACCUCCAACGGAUCCUACGGAAUCGCGGCCACGUAAAGCAUCUGGCUACGGCGAUUGGACCGGUGUCAAGGUUACGAUUCAUCUAGGAAGCAUAACGAAGCCAUCACACACAAAUUCUAGUGAUAGUAAUGCCAAGCAGGUUGAUGGCGUUGUGGUGAUAAUAAACGAGCCCCAUGUCUGGCCCAACAGUGGUACUAUGAUACCGUCGGGUUCGCGGGUCAGCAUGUCUUUACAAUGUAUUUCUGGAUACGCUACUCGGCGAGUUCUCGAACUGGACAAGGAUAAACAACCAUGCCAAUACGAUGAAAACGGCGUGUAUCACCAGGAGACCUGCUUGUCGCUUUGCAAACGUUACUGGGUUGCCAAGUAUUGCAGUUGCAACCCAUCUUUUUUUUUCCCCGCAAACACCCGUUUUCGUGACUGCACCAUCGAGGAUUUCAUUUGUCUGAUCACUUAUAAUGAUUUGUUCAACGACUACAUUGUUCACUUUGGCGACGACUACCCACACGACAUUCCUAGCAUGAUUUGCAACUGCUUGCCGGAAUGCGACUACUACAUCUACAAUACUCAGUUUUCUAACGUGCCAUUACAUAACAUGAAUGACAUUAUGUUGGACGUACAUUACCUAGGGCAAACUAGUUUUCGCUAUAAAACGGACAUAGUUAUCUCACCAAUGGACCUUCUCGUAUCUUUCGGCGGUAUAAUCAGCUUAUUCCUGGGCGGUUCAUUACUCAGCGUUAUCGAGCUAGUUUAUUAUCUGGUGAGUGUGAUGUUUUCGUCUCUGCGAUCGCGAUUGAAAACCAAAGAAGAGCCGAGAAACCGAUCAAGCGUGAUGCACGUCCAUACGCGAGUGCUGCCCAUACUGGAUUACAAUCCUCUAAAAUCGCGGGCGAGGAAGAUACCGAUUUUCACGAAUUAUGGCCUCGCAGAGUUGAAUUUGAACAGAUAUUGA